AUGCCACCGAAUAAACAGCCGAGAGGAAGGAGAGGACCGGAACUCGAGUGCAGUCUGGAAAUCCCCAAGUUUCUCCAAGGAUAUAAGGAUAUGCUUGGAGAAAACUCUGUAUUUAGUAAGCAGCUGCGUAAGGAGAGAGACAGCGGCUAUGACGAAAUCGACGAGCAAACCUUUUCGGAUCUGAAGGAUAAAGAGGAGGAAAAGAAAGAGGAAUCAAGAGAGGAAUCACAAACGACGAAAGCAGAGGAAAUCAAGAAGAGUCGUAUUAUGUCCAACAAGACAAAUGCACUCGUUCAUGAGUUGUCCAAGAAGCUUGUCGCGAACCAAACCGCAGUUCCGUCAAAGACAACGCAAGCUGCUUCAUCCAAAAAGGAUACAGGGAAGAAACGUGUGACCCCCGCCAAAGCUCCAGAGCCAAAACGAAAGAAGGGAAUGCUUACUUUCGAAUUAGAUAGUGAUAGCGAUCAUUUGUUUCGUGUUUGUGAGAAAACAGGGAAUUGUGCAGAUUUCUUCCGUUUACGCAAUCCUUCUGACAAGAGUUCCUUUUCUUCUUCUUCUUCUGAUUCUUCUUUUUCUUCUUUCACUUCUUCAAUCUUUUCUUCUGUAUCUCCUUCAACCUCUUCCUUCUCCUCUUCUUCUUCUUCCUCCUCCUCAUUAUCAUUGAUCUCUUCGAUAAUAAGGUCUUCAUUCGCCUUGCUCUGUUCCUCAUUGUCCAGCAGCAUCACGUUCACGAUCUUCGGCUUUAUUUCCUGUUUGUCCAGCAGGGACAUCACUACACGUCACUCUCUCCACCAAGCAGUACGCUUCUCGUCCAGAGGCUUGGACAUUUCCUCCAUUUUACGCGGCUCCACAUUCUCGAACUGUUUCCGCAACGGCUUGGGAAGCAGCUUCAAGAUCUCAAGACGCUACGAUUCGAAAAGAAAUGAGAAAACGCACUUCGUCGUGUGUGUAGCAGCGACAAUCAGCGCAGAGAGGAAGCUCAAUCAACUUUUGAAUCACUUCGAGCAGCUUGGAAAUUGUGUUGUUCAUGUCUUCAAGCUGCGAAGUGUUGAAAUACGCGGAAUCAAUGCCGUAUUUCACAAGGAGCUGGGUAAUCUCCGUGAUGCGCGCUCUCACUUUCUACUGAUAAUGGCAAUCCACAGCAGAGUACGGAAAGAUGGUUAA